AUGAGGAGGGACAAUCAGAGCAGUGUGUCCGAGUUCUUCCUCCUGGGGCUCCCCAUCCAGCCAGAGCAGCAAGGCACUUACUACGCCCUGUUCCUGGGCAUGUACCUGACCACGGUGCUGGGGAACCUGCUCAUCAUCCUGCUCAUCAGGCUGGGCUCUCGCCUGCACACCCCCAUGUACUUCUUCCUCAGCCACUUGGCCCUCACUGACAUCUCUUUCUCCUCAGUCACGGCCCCAAAGAUGCUCAUGAACAUGCUGACGCAGACUCAGUCCAUCUCCUAUGCUGGGUGCAUUUCCCAGGUAUAUUUUUUCUUAUUGUUUGGGGAUCUCGACAGCUUCCUUCUCACCUCAAUGGCCUAUGACAGGUAUGUGGCCAUCUGCCACCCCCUGCACUACACCAGAAUGAUGAAACAGAGCCUCUGUUUCCUGCUAGUUCUUGUGUCCUGGGUCUUAUCCGUUGCCAGUGCCCUUUUGCACACCCUCCUCCUAGCCCGUCUUAUGAGGACGGAGAACCAGAGCAGUGUGUCCGAGUUCCUCCUCCUGGGGCUCCCCAUCUGGCCAGAGCAGCGGAGCAUGGUCUUCACCCUGUUCCUGGGCAUGUACCUGACCACGGUGCUGGGGAACCUGCUCAUCAUCCUGCUCAUCAGGCUGGACUCUCGCCUGCACACCCCCAUGUACUUCUUCCUCAGCCACUUGGCCCUCACUGACAUCUCUUUCUCAUCUGUCACUGUCCCAAAGAUGCUGGUGAACAUGCAGACUAGUCACAAGUCUAUCCCUUUUGCAGGGUGCAUUUCCCAGAUGUAUUUUUUCAUAUUUUUUACUGACCUGGACAGCUUCCUUAUUACAUCAAUGGCAUAUGACCGAUAUGUUGCCAUAUGUCACCCUCUCCACUAUACCACCAUCAUGAGGGAGGAGCUGUGUACCUUGUUGGUGGCUGUAUCCUGGAUCCUGUCCUGUGCCAGCUCCCUGUCUCAUACCCUUCUCCUGAGCCGGCUGUCUUUCUGUGCUGCUAACACCAUCCCUCACUUCUUCUGUGACCUGGCUGCCCUGCUCAAGCUGGCCUGCUCAGACAUUUUCCUCAAUGAGUUGGUCAUGUUCACAGUCGGGGUGGUGGUCAUCACUCUGCCAUUUGUAUGUAUCCUGGUAUCGUAUGGCUACAUUGGAACCACUAUCCUGAGGGUCCCUUCAACCAAGGGAAUCUGCAAAGCUUUGUCCACAUGUGGCUCUCAUCUCUCUGUUGUGUGUCUGUAUUACGGAGCCAUAUUUGGACAGUACCUUUUCCCAACUUUCAGCAAUUUCCUUGACAAGGACAUCAUUGUGGCCAUCAUGUACACUGUGGUCACACCCAUGUUGAAUCCCUUUAUCUACAGCCUGAGGAACAGGGAUAUGAAAGCUGCCCUUGGGAAACUCUUCAGUAGAGCAACAUUUUUCUCACAGUGA